AACAAGGCGAGCGUGUUUGGCCUCAAAUCUCUGUACAUUUUCAUGGCUAAAAAUAAGGAUUUAACCCCUACUAUGCGAUCUCGCAUAUGUGAGCUUCGUUCAAUUGGAUGGGACGCAGAAUCCAUCAGAAAUACCCUCAGAUUCCUGUUUCCACCAUUCGCUAUACUAUAAUCAGUCAAGAUGAUCGGAAAGAUCAUAUUUCAAAGCCCCGCAGUGACAGGCCUCCAGUUCCAUCACCAGAACAAAAAACACAUCUUCACCAGCUUGCUAUUGAAGAUCCACAUAUAAAGAUGUGUGAAUUACAGGCUGCAGUAGAUUCUACGCCUUCUAAAUCUACCGUACCACACCUUUCGCAACCUUGCAACCUUUAUAUGAAGAAAUGGAACAGAGAAAGCAGCCAGAAAUUACUGAAGAAAAUGCUGCUGAACAUCUUGCUUGAGCUCUCUAUUGAACGUGGUAAAGGCGCACGAUCUUUAUAUACAUUUAACAGUCCUUGUUGCCAACCAAUUGAGCAUGAUAUUCAUGCCAUACGCUGUGGGAAAGGUGUAAAGCAGAUGUUCUGGACUGGAUUUCAGUUUGAUAAGUGUACAGGUCUUGUUCCUUUAUUGCACGUAUUAUUAGAUGUCUUCUGCAUGAAAUGGAUCUUGAAGUUAUGGCAUGGCCUCCAUAUUCGCCUGAUACGCAGGAAGCAUUGGAGCAGGCCACAUCGUGUUUAGGCGAUUCUAUCUGUAGGUGGUUGAUAUACCAAAUUAGUACUAAACAGGAAGGCAGUGUUCUUAGCGUGGUUUUUCGUGUUGAAAACUUUUGAGCCCCUACUGUAGCUCUUCGAGCUACGUCUUGUCUAUCUCCCUGUACCAUUAGCCUGACCUGUAGCCUGCCUGUGUGUCC